GCGCAGAGAAUCCGGAUCCCGGAGCUACUUGCUGGCCGGGCCUGGGCGGUCGGUGAGCGGAGGUAGGAGGAGGGGCUGAGGAAGGGUGCGGUUGCGGUCCCGGUCGCCAUCUCCGCUAGCCCAGAGCGACUGCGGAGCCCACACUUUCUCGCGGAGCUUCUCCCCCAGUUUGGCAGCAGCAGCGCUGAAGGGUUACUGUGAUUUCAGCUUGAGAAAAAAGGUGGACUAUCAUGGCAUCUUCUCACUGGGUCGGACCUCGAGGAACCAUAAAAGAUUAUCCGGGCUUCAGCCCAUCAGUGGACGCUGAAGCGAUUCGGAAAGCAAUCAGGGGAAUUGGAACGGACGAGAAAACCCUCAUCAGCAUUCUGACGGAUCGGUCAAAUGCGCAGCGGCAGCGAAUUGUCAAGCAGUAUCAAGAGGCAUACAACCAGGAGCUGAAAGAUGACUUGAAAGGUGAUCUCUCUGGCCACUUUGAGCAUGUCAUGGUGGCUCUUGUGACCGCACCGGCUGUGUUUGAUGCAAAGCAGCUGAAGAAAUCCAUGAAGGGCACUGGCACAGAUGAAGAUGCCCUGAUUGAAGUCUUGGCAACCAGGACAAGCCGGCAGAUGAAGGAGAUCUCACAGGCCUAUUAUACAGCAUAUAAGAAGAGUCUCGGAGAUGCCAUUAGUUCUGAAACGUCUGGAGACUUCCGGAAAGCUCUGCUGACGUUGGCAGAUGGUAGAAGAGAUGAAAGUCUAAAAGUGGAUGAACAUCUGGCCAAAAAAGAUGCCCAGAUCCUCUACAAUGCUGGUGAGAACAAAUGGGGCACGGAUGAAGACAAGUUCACCGAAAUCCUGUGUCUACGGAGCUUUCCUCAGCUGAAACUAACAUUUGAUGAGUACAGAAAUAUUAGCCAGAAGGACAUUGAGGACAGCAUUAAAGGAGAAUUAUCUGGGCAUUUUGAAGAGCUGCUGCUAGCCAUAGUUCAUUGUGCAAGGAACACCCCGGCUUUUUUGGCAAAAAGACUUCAUCAGGCUUUAAAGGGUGCUGGAACCGAUGAAUUCACCCUGAACAGAAUAAUGGUUUCCAGAUCAGAGAUUGACCUUUUGGACAUCCGACAUGAGUUCAAGAAGCAUUAUGGCUACUCUCUAUACUCAGCAAUUCAAUCAGAUACUUCUGGGGACUACAGAGACGUGCUCUUGAAGAUCUGUGGAGGAGAUGACUGAGGAGGACGGUUUCCCAAGGUGCCUGCCCUGAUGGCGGACUCUGCCUUCACGCAGUGCUCCCAAGUGCAAGAGAGUGCUGCCUAAUAGACGUCGUCAUCGUUCGCUGCAGCAGCCAGAACAAACUCGGUUUCAUUUUAGGGCAUCCCAUUCAUAACACAGAGGUUUCUGAGGGAAAUUCAAUCUGCAAUUAAAGACCUACUAAUGAUUUUCUAUUUUUCUUAGGAAGUUGGAAGCUGUGUAGUUCAAAAGCAUCAAACAUAAAUCAGGAUACUAAAAAUGGUUGUCUUUACUAAUUGUGUAUUUGCUUUCAUUACCUAGCAAUACUGUAUGUUGCCUAGUACCAACAAAUAUUUCAAAAUACACACAUUUGUUGUAAA